AUGACAACAAGAUUCGGAUUGCAUUCCUUCUUGUCCCUUCUCUGCUUCAUCUUAUUAACAUUUUCCAUUAGCGCACAGCAACAGGACACUCUCACGAUCGGCCAAUCACUAACCGACGGCCAGUCUCUAGUCUCAUCCGGCGGCAGCUUCCGGCUGGGCUACUUCCGGCCGGAAAAUUCCAGCAGCCGGUAUUUGGGGAUUUGGUACGGCGCCAGAGUACCGACUCAAACGGUCGUAUGGGUCGCCAACAGAGGAGCUCCGAUUUCCGACACCGGAGGGUUCCUCAACCUCACCAGGGAAGGAAUCCUCGUCCUCUCCGACGGCGGCCGGAACAACCUCGCCGUCUGGUCCUCCAACGUGACCAGAAGAGUGUCUCCGACGAGUGGAUUCGUCGCCCAGCUCCUGGAAUCCGGCAAUUUGGUUGUUAGGGACGCCGCCGACGAGAACCCGGACAACUUUUUGUGGCAGAGCUUCGACUACCUCACCAACUCGCUCCUCCCGGGGAUGAAGAUCGGGAGAAACCUGACGUCCGGUCUGAACCGGACGAUGAGGUCGUGGAGGAGCGGGGAGGACCCCGCGGAGGGUGACUUCUCCGUCCUCAUCGAGACGGAGGGUUACCCUCAGCUGUUGGUACGGAGGGGGGCCGCGAUCCAGUUUCGUGCUGGAUCGUGGAACGGCCUCCGUUUCACUGGGGUUCCGUCCCUGAACCCCAGUCCGACUUUCUCGUUCGAGUACCAAUACGACGAGGGACGGGAGGUCUAUUUCAGGUUCGCGGUGCCCAACAACACGGUCGUGUCCAGAUACGCGAUCUCCACGUCCGGGCUGCUCCAGCAUCUGACGUGGAGCAACCGGACGGGGGAGUGGAUAGUGAUAGGCACGGCCCAGGGGGACCGGUGCCAGAACUACGGGUUGUGUGGGACCUACGCGAACUGUUACGGGUCCCGGGCCCCGGCCUGUGAGUGUCUUACCGGGUUCAGCCCGAGGAAUCCGGGCGACUUCAGCCGGUCCGCGUGGGAAGAAGGGUGCGUCAGGAGGACUGCGCUGGCUUGUAAUUCGAGCGAUGGAUUCAUCUUGCAUUCGAGUGUCAAGCUGCCGGACACGGCCGUGACACGAUGGAACCGGACGAUUGGGCUGGCGGAAUGUCGGAGGUUGUGCUUGGGGAACUGUUCUUGUACUGGGUAUUCGAGCUUGGACAUAAGGAAUGGCGGGAGCGGGUGCUUGAUGUGGUUCGAUGAUCUGAUUGACAUUCGAGAACUGGCGGAUCGUGGGCAGGAUUUGUACGUCAGGGUGGCCGGGUCGGAAAUACAAGGAGUAAUUCAAGGAAGUCAAAGGAGAAGGAUCAUCGUGAUCGCCUCAGUGGUUUCGUCACUAGUGGCUUUGCUAGUCACUUUCGGGAUUCUGCUUUAUGCUAGAAAAAGGAAACUUAAGCAAAAAGAAACACCCAAGACAAAUGAAGAGAUGGAUCUACCGACAUUUGAUUUGAGGACAAUAGUGGAUGCCACAAAUGACUUUGCCAUUGGCAAUAAACUUGGAGAAGGUGGAUUUGGACCCGUCUACAUGGGAAAACUUCCCGAAGGACAAGAAAUCGCGGUGAAGAGACUCUCAACGAGCUCGGGACAAGGGACGAGCGAGUUCAAGAACGAGGUCAUUUUGUUCGCCAAACUCCAGCACAGAAACCUUGUCCGAUUGUUGGGUUGUUGCAUUCACGAUGACGAGAAGAUGUUGAUCUACGAAUACAUGUCCAACAAAAGCCUAGACUUCUUCAUUUUCGACGAGACUCAAAGGAAACUAUUGAACUGGCAGAAACGGUCGAUAAUCAUUGACGGGAUCGUUCGAGGCCUGCUUUACCUCCACCAGGACUCCAGGUUGAGGAUCAUCCAUCGAGAUCUGAAAGCCAGCAACAUCCUGCUCGACAAGGAGCUGAGGCCUAAGAUAUCCGACUUUGGCCUCGCGAGGACGUUCGGAGGAGAUCAAACAGAGGGCGAAACAAAAAAAGUCGUGGGCACGUUCGGCUAUAUGUCUCCGGAGUAUGCGGUGGAUGGUCUCUUCUCGGUCAAAUCCGACGUGUUCAGUUUCGGAGUGCUGGUUCUUGAGAUAGUGAGCGGUAGGAGGAACCGAGGAUACUAUCACGUUGACCACGACCUCAAUCUUGUCGGCCACGCAUGGACGUUGUGGAACGAAGGGGCGGCGCUAGGGCUGUUAGACGAUUCUUUGAACGAGAGUUGCAACCAAUCGGAAGUGUUGAGAUGCAUCCACGUGGCGUUGCUGUGCGUGCAACAGAGGCCCGAAGACAGGCCCAACAUGUCGGCGGCGGUGCUGAUGUUGGGCAGUGAGAAUCCUCUGCCGGAGCCCAAGCUGCCUGGAUUCUACCUCAGAAGGAAUCCGCCGGAGGCGGCCGACUCUUCUUGCUCUGCUAAUCAGGUCUCUAUAACAGUGAUGGAGGCCCGGUAGUUAAAGAGUAACGCGUACGUGGAUUGUUUUCGUUCAAACUUUUGAGGAGGGUUUGAAGUUGAAUGUAAAAGAUUGGAAACAAGGACGAAUUCUUGAUAGAAAAAAAUUAGGGUUUAUGCCACAUUUGG